GGCUGUCUGCUUACUUCAGGUAUAGUGAGGAUAAAAUGAAUGAUGGAUGUGAAAACUCAGAAACUUCAUAGUGAAGAAACUUCAUAGUGCAGGGGUGAGAACUACAGAUGUUCCAUUGGAGUCAAGGCCCAAAAUGUGUGGGAAGACACUAAUGAUGCAGAGGCCCUACAUGGAUGGAUGGAUGAUCUGAGGGGUUCAGAGACCCAUGUGAGGAGGGACCCAUGGUGGCAACCAGCCCUAGCUGUCCUCCUCAGAUUUUGAGUUGUCCCAUUUCCAGUUUCAUUCAUAACACCUCUAGACCGUGAGUCCAGUGUCCUGAGGAGGAAUACCUGAUAGAUGGGGCAUGGGACAGAGAAGCCUUGCCAUUUGCUUCCCAGCAGACCGUCUGACCGGUGCCCUGCUCACAAAGAAAAUUCUGACUUCAAUUUUGUCAAGCCAUGAAAUUAUAACAUGAAGAAUCCUGCUGCACCCCAGCCCGCUUGCUGCCCCUCACUCCUCUGUAACUAUAUCCAUCUUUUGGCCCAAAUUAACAAUGAGUUGGUGAUCAGGGCUUACACACCUGUCUCCAGUGACGAUGAUAAAGGCUUUGUGGACUUAAUUAUAAAGAUCUACUUUAAAAAUGUGCACCCCAAGUAUCCUGAAGGAGGAAAGAUGACCCAGUACUUGGAGAACAUGAAAAUUGGGGACACCAUCCUUUUUCGAGGGCCAACAGGGCGCCUGUUCUACGAUGAGCCAGGGACCCUUUCAGUUAAAAAAGACAAAAUGAGUGAGCCUGAAAAAAAACUGGUUCAUCACCUGGGGAUGAUUGCUGGCGGAACAGGCAUCACACCCAUGCUGCAACUCAUUCGCCACAUCACCAACAACAGCAGCGAUGGGACCAAGAUGUCUCUUCUCUUUGCCAACCAGACAGAAGAGGAUAUUUUGCUGAGAAAGGAGCUAGAAAAAAACACCACGACUCACCCCGACCAAUUCAACCUGUGGUACACCCUGGACAGGCCUCCAGAUGGCUGGAAGUACAGCUCUGGCUUUGUCACUGCUGACAUGAUCAAGGAGCACCUUCCUCCCCCUGGGGAGGCCAUACUCAUCCUGGUAUGCGGCCCACCAGCUCUGAUCCAGGAGGCAGCUCACCCCAGCCUGCAGCAGCUUGGCUAUACCAAGGACAUGUUUUUUACCUAUUAACACCUUCCAUCCUCCUUAACUGGUCCCUGUCUGUUUCAGAGUGAGUUUGGCUUCAUCCUGUUCAACUAGGGUAUUUGCAGAGUGCCUUUUCAUGUACCACUGGGCAUGAUCUCUUGGUUGUGGGCCUAAGAAGAGUUCAAGGGGCUGAAGACAAAGUGGUUUUUGAGCUCCUAGGCUUGGAGGCUGAAAAUAAAGCCACUUUCUUCAUGGCUUAGUGGAAUAAACUGGAUUACUCUGCAUUUAGCUCACAUGUGUGUAAAUAUGUAGGGAAUACACUGGGCAGCCAGAAACUGCCAAUGUCAGGUAUGGGAGUGCGAGGAAGUAGGGGUGUUAUCAGAACUGGCAACAUAGCAAUGGUUGUAGGAUAUAAUUCCAGCAGGGUACAAACAAGGUCCCAUCAACUCCCACUAACCACUCUCAGACUUUACCUUUCUCUGCCUUGAAGACAAGACUCUUA